CCCGCCCCAGGGUAGCCCCAGAGUCAGUGGCCCCAGGCAAAUCCAGGCCCCCCAGCGGCAGCAGCCUCCGCCCCUCUGGCUCAGCAUGCCACCAGGUCCCGAGAUCCCUGUGCAGGUGUGGGUGGACGGCCAACUCUUCCAGGCCGAGCAGUCGCUGCUGGUGGAGCACUGCGGCUUCUUCCGCGGGCUUUUCCGCUCCGGCAUGCGGGAGGCGCGCGCGGCCGAGGUGCGCCUGGGUGCGCUGAGCGCCGCGGGCUUCGGCACGGCGCUGCGGGUGCUGCGCGGAGAGCGGCCGGCGCUGGCCGCAGACGACGAGCUGCUGCAGGCGGUGGAGUGCGCCGCGUUCCUGCAGGCGCCCGCGCUCGCGCGUUUCCUGGAGCACAGCGUCACGUCGGACAACUGCUCGCUGCUGUGCGACGCGGCCGCCGCCUUCGGCCUGCGCGACGUGCUCCACAGCGCUGCGCUCUUCAUCCGUGACGGCGCGCACGAGCUGGUGGCGGAAUUGGAGCUGCCCGAGGCCCGUGCCUACGUGGCAGCGCUGCGACCUAGCACCUACGUGGCCGUGAGCACGCACACACCCGCACCUGGUUUCCUGGAGGAUGCAUCGCGCACCAUGUGCUUCCUGGACGAAGAGGAGGACGCGUGGCGCACGCUGGCCGCACUGCCCUUGGAGGCCAGCACGCUGCUGGCAGGCGUGGCCACUCUGGGCAACAAGCUGUACAUCGUGGGUGGUGUGUGCGGAGCCAGCAAGGAGGUAGUGGAGCUGAGCUUCUGUUACGACCCGGAAGGUGGCACCUGGUGCGAAUUCCCCAGCCCACACCAGCCGCGCUAUGAUUUGGCGCUGGCCGGCUUUGAAGGCCGCCUCUAUGCCAUUGGUGGUGAAUUCCAAAAGACGCCCAUGAGCUCGGUGGAGUGCUACGAUCCCGCCACAGACUGCUGGAGCUUCGUGGCGGACCUGCCGCAGCCAGCUACAGGGGUUCCCUGUGCCCACGCGCGUGGCCGCCUCUUCGUGUGCCUGUGGAGGCCGGCAGAUAUCACUGCCGUUGUUGAGUACGUGGUGCAGAUGGACAAGUGGCUGCCCGUGGCUGAACUGUGUCGUUCGCAGAGCUACGGCCACUUUAUGGUGGCCCAUCGUGACAGUCUCUAUGUGGUGCGUAAUGGACCUUCUGAUGAUUUCCUGCACUGUGCCAUCGAUUGCCUCAACCUGGUCACGGGCCAGUGGACAUCGCUACCUGGCCAGUUUGUCAACAGCAAGGGAGCACUCUUCACCUCCGUGGUGCGUGGGGACACCGUCUAUACUGUCAACCGUGUAUCCACGUUGGUCUAUGCCAUUGAAGAUGGCACCUGGCGGCUGCUCAGGGAGAAGGCUGGAUUUCCUCGUCCCGGCUCCUUACAGACCUUUCUCCUGCGGCUGCCCCCUGGCACUACUGGGCCUGUGGCCACCGCGUUGCCAGAGUUGUGAGCUCGGAAUGACUUCAGAUUCCUGAACCUGGAUUGAGGAGCUCUUGGAAACUCCUUUUUCCCAGUUGGGACACUCAGGUCUCUGCUUUCUGGUGGUGUGGAUAUCCAAGAAGCCCUGCGCACCGCAGAUGGCUGGGUCCUCAAAUCACUUGGGCUCUGCUGAGAGCUGGUGGGUCACAGCCUCAGGGAAAGGGGUGGGGUUACUAUUUGGAUGAUCUAGGCUUGUAGGCGAAUUGUCAACACUUGAGCUGUGGAGAAGUGGAUUAAGUGCUGUUAACCAAAAACUGCUAAUUAGCAGAUACAAAGUGUCAACACAAUGCUGGGCCUAGUUGUCAGUCGGGGUACAGAAAACUUGGAGACUAGCCUAGGAAACUCUGUCUUAAUAGAAGUCUCAGGAUGGCAAAAAAAAAAAAAAAAAAAAAAAAAAAAAAAAAAAAAAA